AUGCAUAAUCCUCAGGAAAGUAGUCUAUUCUCUUUCUUCUCUGACUUGGACACAUCAGAGCCCAGGGCGUCGUCAGCAGGCAGAACUGGCAGCUCUCUGGGAGUGCUUUCCAAAAGGUUUCUGCGCUUGCUUAAAGACUCGCCAGAAUACGAAUUAGAUCUAAACUAUGCCGCAUCAGUACUUGAGACUCACAAACGAAGACUGUAUGAUAUUACAAAUGUCCUAGAGGGCGUUGGGUUCAUCAAGAAAAAGCUGAAAAACAACAUACAGUACAUAAAGGACCACGGAAGUAACAAAUGCAUUCACUGCGGAGGAGUAUCCCUAACUGCAGGAAGAGAAACAGAAGAAGUGAAGGAACUUCUUAAAAUAGAAAAGGAUAUCGACAGCCAGUUAAAUAGAGUAAACACAGAACUGCAGGCCCUCGCAAACCACGAAGAGAACAUAAAUCGAGCAUAUGUAACAUAUACAGACUUAAAAGAGUUAGAUGAUUCAGCAGAGUCAUCGCUGUUUGCAAUUAAAACACCUCCUGGGACAUUUCUUGAUUUUCCAUCCUCCCCAAACCCAGAGGAAACCAUUCUUACACUCACAUCUCCUAAUGAAAAGAUCAAUGUAUACUAUCUCCAAGACACAAUUGACUCUAUUACUAAAUAA